AUGUCUUCAGGUUCAGCUGCAUUCAAGGUGGCCGCGGUAGCGGCAUUACUAGCCCUGUUGGUUCUACCUUCCAUGGGGCGCUGUCCGUCGCUGAGCAACUCAGCGCCACCACCGCCGCCAAUGCCGGUGAUACCAUCACCAUCGCCGCUAGCGCCGGUGACAACACCACCAGCCUCUGCUCCGGUACCGGCACCUGCGCCAGGGCCGGCACCUCCGCUAUCAUGCAGAGACUGCUGGGCCCCUCUCAUCCCGGCAUGCAGCUCGAAGUGCGAUGCGGGAUGCGAGGGUUCCUGCAAGCCCAAGCAGCCGGACUGCGACAACUGCAAUGCGAAGGUUAGCAAUUGCAAGUCCUGCUGCGACGACGGGACCUGUAGCUGCGACUGCAAAAUAAACUUGGACAUGGACUGCCGAACCGACUGCUACGUCUCGACAAUAGGAUGCCAGUUCUGCGAACAGGGGAUUGGCAAGUGCAUGGCCGACUGCCUCAGCCCCUGCAAUGCCAACUGCGCGAACUAA